AUGCCCUGGACCAUCCCAAGGUACUCACAUCAUGUGACACUACCUUGUGACGGCACCAGACCCCGAUGCAAUCGAUGCAAGGAGAACGACCUAUCAUGUCAAUACGACGUCGCCGAAGGUGUCUCGCGAGCCGAGCGGAUGAAGAUUAUGAAGAGAGACAGCAUGACUGGCGAGCUGGAUGACCUGAAGCGCAUUGUUACCUCGCUACGCUCCGGGACCGACGACCAGGCCGCCGCUGUCCUCGCUCGAUUAAGGCUCGGUGAAGCACCUGAAGAGGUCGCAAAGACCCUCCCAAUGACAGUAUCCCCGGCGGUAUCCGGCCAACCCCCCAGCUUACUGGCUCAGGAGUCCACGGACACCUCUGGAAGCGGUAUGAGCCACGAAUCGGCAUUUGACACGAGUAAAGGCGCCUCACAGUUUCGAAAAGGCUCCAAUAUCUCCAUGGCAUCACCCACCAGCCAGAACAGAGGCUGGUCACCGUCAGCACCUUCAUCAACAUUUGCGUCGGGUAAGGGAAAACAAGCAGCAACGGCAGAUGGAGCGAACGAUCAUCCCUUCCUAGUUCCGCUGUUUGAUCGAGAGGACUAUCUCCUAACAAGGGACGAGGCUGGGGAAGAGAGUGAAGAGGAAGAUAGGCUUCAGGAAAGCCAGAUUGACCCACGACUUUUGCAGCAAGGAACGAGCUUCGACGGAGUCGGGAACGCCGCACCAUCAUCGAAACCAUCUCGGAGCCAACGGCCCUCACCACACAGACAAAACACGAUACGCUCGGCAUACCCUACGCAUCUCACUGGUCGACAACCGAUCGUGAACACCAUCAGGAUACACCCAAAUCUCAACCUCCGCAACCUCUUCGGCAACAUGCCAUUCUCCAGUAGCAUCCGAAGUAACCACUAUCCAGGCGACAUUCAAGAGACGCAAAUCACCAACCUGUUUCUACCCACAUGGUCCAUGUUACCCAUUAACACAAUACCUGACCCCGGGUCAUUAAAACGCGCAUUCCCUGGUAUCUACGAACAAGCCACAACACUCAUGAACAUGGGCAUACCCGCCGACCAAAUCAUCGAAACCCACCCCAACAUCGCCGCACUCUGGGACGAAGACGUAUACAACAACUCCGGCAUACUCACCAAAUGGGCAGUCGGCAUGGUGCACGGCGUAUAUAUGAAGG